GCAUCGUCACCAAUCUCCUUCGUCAUCGCAUACAGUUUCAACGCGAUGAUGGUUACACCUUUCUGACAAAGAAGCCGCAGAAGAGCUCUCGGCCUGUACGCGGGCGGCCUAGCCUCCGAGCUUGGCGCAGGAGUUCGGUUGGGAAGCGGAGCCGGUGGGGACGGUCACUCUCUUCCAGGAGGCAGCGCAGCCAGCCAGCCCCGGAGUCCGCAAGGGGACGGGAAGCACAGGUCAUGGCCACGUCAGACCACCGGCAGACGGUAGCUGAGCCGCGGGCUGAUGAAGAUUGGGUCUUCCUGCAUCACGACGGCGACGGAGUCGGGCAGCGAGAUGCCGACGCCAAAAGGAAGGAGGAAAGCCCCUGUAGUGCGGCUGAGCGGCCAAAAAGCGUCCAAGCUACAAAAACAAGCAAGAUUGAUAGCGGCGCCCGCUUCUUCCUAGGCUUCCCUUAUUUUUCGGGCGUGUACACGUUCCCAGGGCUCGGCGAGCCGUCGCUGGAUGUCGAUAACCCUGUUCAACUCUUGUGGGCUUGCCUCAGGCGCCUAACGCGGAUAUUCCUGAGGGCUGCCGUGCUUUCUUGUGCGGCACGCUUUCUCUUCUGGUCGGCGGCGAAGGCGAGCGUAGUCAAGCGACCGGAGAUGCUGCAACUGCUGCUACUGCUGGCAGUGGUGAAUCUGGGGGCACCACUGGCAAAUUGGGUAUCGUGGAACCGCGAAUUCUUCAUAAACAUCUGGGAAUCGUUGUAUCACUCCGCCCGGCAGAGGCAUAAUCUCAUGCGCUACAAGGCGUUCAGGACCACAGUGCGGAUUCUCACGUACAUCGUCUCAUUUCUGCUGUGCUUUCCCAUGGCGAGAAUAUGCAUCGACGUCGUGGCCACGUGGCACAUACUCUUGCUCCACUUCCGAGAGGUGUACGCCACGGAGUUAGAUGGAAUCGGCGAGAUCGUACGAGAAUACGUCGCGGACAGAUAUCCACCGGCUGGCUAGGAGCGGACGGCAAGCUACAGCACGAGCAGAGCGCUGCUGCGGCGGAUCGUGCGAGUCCUGCCUCGGACGGGCCCUGACCGGACAGUGCCUGGUGCGCGUUAACAAAAAGUGAAAAUUAAAAUUCCCGCAGAACGCAUGUGCGACGACUGUACAAA